UGAGGCUCUGCUGAAUGAGGAAGCAGCAGAGCCAUUUUUACUGUUGAGUAACUGCAUGCUGGUGUGCUUGUGCUAGAGAGAGGGUGAGAGAACGAGCAAGGGGAACAAAGUGCUCCUCCGGGAUCUUACCGGAGCGUUCUCCCCUCUCUCGCCUUCCUCUCUCCUUGUACACUGCCUGCUUGCUGCUUGUGUCCAUUUAAGUCGGGGAGGCCCUGGAGAGGACACACAAUGGAGAGAAGAGCCUGUGGCAACUGGGCCGUUGUACUGCUGAGAGGGGGAUGGGGUAGAGAGAGGACCGGUUCACACAGCUAACAGCCUGCUGGCUGUAGGCUUCCACAGCCUCUCCUCCCCUCCUGGACCAAGUGUUUCCAGGCUGGGGCCUUUUUCCUGGAACAGCCACCCUCAAACUCCGCUUGGACUACGCUAAGGAUUACUCACCAUGUUCUGUGGGAUUUUAGUAUACAUACUGGAGCCUGAAGAAUAAAUCUCUUCUGUGUUUUGGAUGAGAGAGAAGGAAAAACAAACUCCUGUGUAAUUCUUUCGAGUCCUUGUUUUUGUUUUUUGGUUUCUGUUUCUGUGUAGUGGAGUUCAUAAAUGGAUUACAAGAUGCACGCCAAGUCAAACGAUUUACUGGAUUUUCAAAAACUGGACGCCCUUCUGGAAAAAAUUGCACAUUCAGUCUCUGUGAAAAGAGAGUCCAGCGAGGAGUGCAAUGGGAUCAGUGGUGCUCUGUCAGUGGAGUCUGUGCCGGGGCCAAGACUGAACUGGUGUCCUGCCAACACCACUACCCCUGCCCCUGCUCCAGCUCCCACUCUGGGGCCCGGGCCCAUGCCCAACCCUGUUCGAAUGGGGGACGGCCUGGACGCAGCGCAAAUGUCGGGCAGCAGCAGCAGUCAGGGGCAGGCCCAGUCAAUGGGCAAUCCCCCAGUCCCAGAUCGCAUCAAUCCCGACAGGCCAAAACGCCAGACCAAUCAGCUGCAGUUUCUGCUUAAGGUGGUGGUGAAGUCCCUGUGGAAGCACCAGUUUGCCUGGCCCUUUUAUGCACCAGUGGAUGCAGUCAAACUUAACCUGCCUGACUACUACACAAUAAUCAAAAUUCCUAUGGACAUGGGAACAAUCAAGAAAAGGCUUGAGAACAGUUACUACUGGAAUGCCCAAGAAUGUAUCCAAGACUUCAACACAAUGUUUACCAACUGCUACAUAUACAACAAGCCUGGAGAUGACAUAGUCUUAAUGGCUGAGGCUCUAGAGAAGGUGUUCCUUCAGAAGGUUACAGAAAUGCCACAAGAAGAAACUGAGAUUGUUGUCAUGAUGGGGAAAGGACGUGGGCGGGGCCGAAGAGAAGGAAGCCUGAACUUGAAACCAGGGGCGAUCAUUGACCCUUCGUCCACGACUCCUCAAACCCGUGGUCUGUUAAACCUAUCAACAGCACCACAGACCAGAGGACCUGUGCAGGGCCCACCUUUGCUACCUCCCCAGCCUUUGAUGCAGGCCCACGUGCCCCCAACGUUACCUAGCCAUGCUCCACAGCUCGGAGCUCCCUACUCCCUGGGCCAAUCCGACUGUGCUCCUCAAGUUCCCAUAAUGACUUCUGUGCCUCCCCUUGCUCAGACCCCCCUUCCUCCAACAUCCAUCCAGAGCACUGCCACCAUGCUGCAGAACCCUAUAACCAUGACCAAACAAAGAAAGAGCCAGAAAAGGAAAGCAGACACUACAACGCCCACGGCAAAUGACCAACUCAGUGAAUCUUCACCAGCCGAGUCCAAAUCUGGGAAGACACUACCCAGGCGAGAGAGUACCAGACCCACAAAACUGAUAAAGAAGGAGGCCCCAGACUCUCAGCAUCACAUAGGCAUGGGUAUCGGACUUAGCGGGCCAAGUGGCGGUCAUAGCCCCAAACCACAAGAUCAGCUGGGAUAUUGUGCAAGUUUGGUUCGGGAUAUGCUGUCAAAGAAACAUGCUGCUUACGCCUGGCCAUUUUACAAACCUGUUGAUGUGGCUGCACUUGGACUACAUGAUUAUCACGAUAUCAUCAAACAUCCCAUGGACCUCAGCACCAUCAAGGCCAAGCUGGAGAACAGGCAAUACCGGGAACCCCAGGAGUUUGCUGCAGAUGUACGAUUAAUGUUUUCCAACUGUUACAAAUAUAAUCCACCAGACCAUGAGGUGGUAGCUAUGGCACGCAAACUACAGGAUGUCUUUGAGAUGCGCUUUGCCAAGAUGCCAGAUGAACCUGAGAGCAAGCCUCUGGUUUCUGUCCCAGCUCCGACACUUCACCAUCCUGCCCCCGUUAAGCCCCCGCCUCCUUUGGCCCACGUCGCCUCAUCCUCAGACAGUUCCAGUGACUCGUCUUCUGAGUCCGAGUCUUCCACAGAUGACUCUGAAGAGGAGAGAGCCCAGAGGUUGGCAGAGCUCCAGGAACAGUUGAAAGCUGUCCACGAGCAGCUGGCUGCCCUGUCUCAACCACAAGCCAGUAAACCAAAGAGAAAAGAGAAGGAAAAGAAGGAGAAGGAGAAGGAGAAGGAAAAAGAAAAGGAAAAGGAAAAGGAGAAGAAAAAAGAGAAGCAUAAGAAGAAAGGAAACAUGUCUGCCCUUGUGGAUGAAAUCCAGGAUGCUACACCUGUUCCACAGAUCUCUAAGAAAACCAAGACCAGUAACAAUAACAGCAAAGAGGUUGUUCCCAAGAAGAAACUCAGUAAAAAGGAGGGGAUGAAAAGCAACCAUCCCUCCAACCUGCUGCCAGUUCCCAUCCUGGAAGAUGACCUUGGGGCUGCUGGGUCAUCAGCUACAGGGGAAAAGUGCAAGCCUAUGUCAUAUGAGGAGAAAAGGCAGUUGAGCCUGGACAUCAACAAGCUUCCUGGUGACAAGCUUGGACGUGUAGUGCAUAUUAUCCAGUCCAGAGAGCCUUCACUUAAAAACUCAAACCCUGACGAGAUCGAGAUUGACUUUGAGACACUCAAGCCUUCCACGCUGCGUGAGCUGGAGAGAUAUGUUUCUUCCUGCCUCCGCAAAAAGAAAAGGGUUUCAGUUGAGAAGACUGUGGAGUCCAUGGCCACCUCCAAAAAGACUGGAUCUUCUUCAGAGAGCAGUGGCUCCAGCUCAGAGAGCGAACCUGAGGCAACAGGAAUAAUAAAACAGCAGAAAAAGAAGGGCCAUUCUGUGAAGGAGGGGAAGAAGUUACAUCCUCACGUUCAGAGUGGCCCUGCUCUGCCUGUGCUUCAUUCCCAACCUGCAGGCCUUCACAUGAAGCCCCAUCAGCCACAGCAUCAGCCAUCUCCUGCAGGCUUCAUGGCUCCCCCUGUAGCUGCUCUGGAGUCUUCCCAGUUACUGGAGACCAGCUUUGAGUCCCUGCCGCCUUUCGGCCAGCCCCUCAUGCAUCUGUCUCACCACACAGGCAACUCCUCCUCGCCUCCACCUCCGCACCUCAACGCUCAUUCAGCUGGGCCUGUGUCCCCUGAGACCCAUCCAUUCCUCAAUCAGCAUCCCAUCCUCCCAUCUCCAGCCUUGCACAGUUCCAUGCCUCAGCAGCCGUCUCGACCAAGUCACAAGGCAGCGCCUCUUCAUCCCAAACCUCCUCAGCAGCAACCAGCACCUCCUCCUCCUCCUCAGCAGCAGCAGCAGUCAACCCUGCAGCAGCAGCAGCAGCAGCAGCAGCAGCAGCAGCAGCAGCAGCAGCAGCAGCAACAGCAGCAACAGCAGCAGCAGCAGCAGCAGCAGUUACAGCAACAGCAACAGCAGCAGCAACUACAACAACAACAACAACAACAACAACAACAACAACAGCAGCAGCAGCUGCAGGCAGCAGUGCUACCACAGCAUCAGCUGUCCUCUCAGAUCCUCCACUCUCCUCAGCCUCUGCACCAGAGGCCCAUGUCUCCCCCAACACUCACACCCCAGGGCUUGCUGUCUUCCCAGCCUCCCCAGAUGCUGCUGGAGGACGAUGAAGAACCGGGUUCUACUACGCCUCUGAACCAAGUACAGUUAUAUCUACAGCAGUUCCAGCAACCUCGUCAGCCCCAACAGUCCAUGCAGUCGCUCCAGGCGCAGGCUCGUCAGCAGCAGCAGCAGCAACAACCAGGACAGACUCUCUUGCAGUCUGUUCAGGGACAAUCUCAACUCCCACCUCAGACUACGCUGCCUCCUCCUCAGCUCUCUGUUCAGUCCCAAGCUCAGCCAACUCCAUUACAUCAGGCCCCAGCCCAACAGCUGCCUCUCCACCAGGCCCGCCACAUGCAGCACGCUCAGCAGCAGCAACAGAACUAUCAGCAGGGUCCUGGACUAGCUGGUCAGUCCCUGGGAUCACAACACAAGGUAUCCAUGCCCACCAACAAAGCACAGCAGAUCAUCCAGCAGCAGCAAGAACAACCCUCCCCUCGCCCGACCAAGGCUGACCCAUACAACACAGGUCACAUGAGGGACAACCCAUCCCCACUUAUGAUGCAUUCCCCACAACUUCCCCAGUUUCCUCCUGUGUCUCACCAGUCUCCACCUCACAACAUGCAGCCCAAAAAGCAGAGGGGCCCUGGGAGCCAAGGUGGGCUAAAGGAAGAGAAACUUCCUCCAUCACCAGUGAUGAGAGCAGAGCCCUUUAACCCUGCAAUGAGACCAGACCAUCACAAACACCCCGAUAAUAAGCCCUCUCAACUAGGCCACGUCCAACAGACAGAUGUGAAAUCCAUGGACAGCUCGCGACCUGUCAUCCGCUCCUCUGAGCCCAGUGGGCCGCCCCCCCCUCUGCAAGAUAAAGACAAGUUCAAGCAGGAGUCCAAAGUGCCCAUUGCCCCUAAAAAAGUACAGGAUGUGAAAGUAAAGAACAUGGGAUCGUGGGCCAGUCUGGCACAAAAGUCCACAUCUACGCCCUUAUCUGCAGUAAAAUCAUCGAGCGACAGCUUUGAGCAGUUCCGUCGCGUAGCCCGGGAGAAAGAGGAGAGAGAGAAAGCCCUGAAGGCCCAAGCUGAGCAGGCAGAAAAAGACAGGCUACGCAGAGAGCAGGACAAGCUACGAGGUCGGGAUGAAGACGAUGUCACGGAGCCGACCAGGAGGGUGCACGAGGAGCCACGCAGGCGUCUGGAGCAGCAGCACAUCCAAGCCCCUUCACAACAACAGCAACAGCAGCAGCAGCAGCAGCAGCAGCAGCAGCAGCAGGAGCCGCAGCCGCAGCCGACUGCCAUUCAGCAGCCUCCUCAACCCCCCACACCGCCUCAGCCGACCACACAGAACCCACUAGACCAACAGAGGGAGCUAGCACGCCGCCGGGAGCAGGAGAGGAGACGACGAGAAGCGAUGGCAGCGACUAUUGACAUGAAUUUCCAAAGUGACUUAAUGGCUAUCUUUGAGGAGAAUCUUUUUUGAGGACAGGAGCAACUGAAACGUAACUGCAAAAAAAGAGAGAACAAAACACCUAAAAAGAAAAGAGAAAAAGAUACUCGGAUGAUAUACACUUCCUCUAAAGUGAGAUUUAAUGAGCGCGCACCAUGGAGGGUCGUGGACUGUACGUGGACAUGACAGGCACCCGGGCGCUGGACGGAAAAGGUCACAGCCCGCUUUGCCCCUGUGGACUGAACAAACACACACAAAACAUGAGGAUAGUCUUGUUGUUUUGGAUGUAAUUUCACAGGAAUCUGGCACCGUCGGCCUGAUAUCUCACAACGGGAAAACGAAGGGAGUGAAGACGUCCCCGUAACUAUGAAAAUGCUCUGAUAAUGUACUGACAGACUGCGCAGCGGCGUUUCGAAAACUGCCAGAUGUCUGAGGUGAUGAAGAGGACUGGUCUUUUACGUUCUCUUUUUGUUUUGUUUGUUGUAAGUGAACACAUGAAAUGGUUGGGGUGGGGGUUUGGGCGGGGGGGCGGGGGGGCAACAACUUCCAUACUGUAAAUCAUGUAUAUUUCUCAGCAGAGAAGGUACACUUUGCCUUACACCUCUUUCCUAAACAGGCCAUUCUGUUCUGUGACCUGCAAACUUAGACAAAACCAAUAACAGUAACAGCCAGGAGUCGGAGCAGCGCAGACCUUUUUCAUCAUCUAGGAUCUACUGUAAAAAAGUAUUUUCUUAUACUACAAUAACUUUAUUUUGGAUCUUUCUUUCUUUUUUUCUCUCUAUAACUUUGAAUUUUCACACCAACACACUCUGCGACUUACGUCUAUGCCAAACAACCCAUUCUCUUUUAUGCUCAAGUACUUGUCCUAAAACAUGAAAGGUAGUUGGUGGUGGGGGCGGGGGGAGGGGGGCUACAUAUAUGCAUUAAUCAUAGAUCCAGCAAGUAUUUUAUCAAAAACAGAAUCCUUUGAAGUUUUUAUCCUGCCUUGUAUUUUUCAUUUAAAGCUGAAACAGGAGAUUGUUCGGAGAAUGGAAAGGUCCGGCGGUUUCUGAGCUUUAGUUGGAAUAUAAUUUCACUACCGGUGUUGCACCUUUGUAUUACACUUUUAGAUAUAAUGUUGGAAAUGUUUCAUAUCAUUGGCCUGUUCGCAGCAGUCACUAUUGGAUCAGUCGGGAAGUGAGGAGACGAGGAGAACCCUUGCUGCUCCCUCUGUGCGCUUCGGUCGUACCAAGAGCUUUUGAUCGAACGUCAACAAGCAGAGUGUUGGGGGCAGGAAGGGGACGAUCGAGGAAUAAAACAAAACGCUUGCCACCUUUUUGUAGCCGUCACUUGAACCAGGUUAGUAAAAAAAUUAGCUGAAGGGAUUGGAAGGAGCUCCUGGUUAGUGUUAGCAUGCAAGUCAUCACCGAGGGCACAUUGUCAACAAUACGAAAUAAAGAGACAAACGAUUAACAAAAGUCACGAAUCUGAAAAACGCUGAAAAAACUUUUGAUUUCUAUAUUUGUUCUUGUUCGAUAAUAGUGGAUUGUGAGUUAUAAUUCUGUUCUUGGUGACAUUGUUUGGACCGCGGAUGGGCUGAAAUCCAAAUGCAUCUCAUCCUCUCCACUCGUCUCUUAUGGUGUUUUUUCUCCAGUGCCUGUAUUGUAUUGCAAUUCUCGUUGGCUUAUAUUACACUUUGAGGGGGUUUAGAAGGGGGCGAGUCAGGAGUGGGUGGUGUAAUAUUUGAAAGGGGGAGGGAGAUUUUUGAAAGAGUUUGUGUAAAAAAUAAUAAAAUUAAAUUUAAAAAAAAGGAAAAAGACAGCAUUUUAUAUUUUACCCGUUGUCAAUAUUCGGGUUUUAAAUUUAGUUUUAGCUGGACUUCUAUGCGUGUACACACCUGACAACUACUUUAUCAUUUUGUUCAAUCAGCAGAUUUUAGGUAGAGAUGUUUCAGCAUUGCCACACAAGCGUUUGAGUCCGGUCUGUGAGUGUGACUGUAAAUUUGGACGACUGUGUGAUUGUUAAUUUUUGUGUGUGUGCGCGUGCGUGUGGUUCAAGGAGGCAUGUACUGCAAUGUAGAUAAGCAUUCUAUUGAGGGGGAGAAAAAACAGAUAACAGGACUUAAGGAAAAUUUGAUUUUGUGCUUAUGUCACCUUUUUAAUUUCCAUGAAGUCCACCAUAUAUGAAUAUAUAAUUUUUAUUAUUAGACUGGUUUUUGAAAAGGUAAAAAAAAAAAAAAAAAACUUCAUUCCUUUUUAGCCUUUUUUUUUUCUUUUCACAAUAACUGUCGGACGUAAUGUGCCAUAAGUUCUACCAAGAAUGUGCUGACCCGCAGCUCAGCCCAGAGUUUGCUUUAUUCAGGUAUUUUAUUUUGUGUUACAUGUGUUCUGUUCUGGGGGUUUUGUUCAAACAUUUUCCUCGAUUAUUGUUUGGUAUGUGAGUGGUCUAUCAAGGUCUCUGAUUAGGUCUGUUAUGAUCAUUGAAUAAACUCAUUUCUUUUAUAGAAAAUAAAAAAUAAACAAAA